AGGAUGGCUAAAGGUGACCCUAAGAAACCAAAGGGCAAGAUGUCUGCAUAUGCCUUCUUUGUGCAGACAUGCAGAGAGGAACAUAAGAAGAAAAACCCAGAGGUCCCUGUCAAUUUUGCUGAAUUUUCCAAGAAGUGCUCAGAGAGGUGGAAGACUAUGUCUGGGAAAGAGAAAUCUAAAUUUGAUGAAAUGGCAAAGGCGGACAAAGUACGUUAUGAUCGUGAAAUGAAGGAUUAUGGACCAGCUAAGGGAGGCAAGAAGAAGAAGGACCCCAAUGCCCCCAAACGACCACCGUCUGGAUUCUUCUUGUUUUGUUCCGAAUUUCGCCCCAAGAUCAAAUCCACGAACCCCGGCAUCUCGAUUGGUGAUGUGGCCAAAAAGCUGGGUGAGAUGUGGAAUAACUUGAGUGACAAUGAGAAGCAGCCUUACAUCAACAAGGCGGCAAAACUGAAGGAGAAAAAACACCACAAAUUUAUUGCCUUCCAGAUCUGA